CUUCUUCUUCCUUUCUUUCCCCCUGCUUUUCCAUCUUCUUUUUCCCUUCGUUCUCGCCUUCUCUUCCACAACCUCCGAAUUCCAACCUUCUCCAUUGAAGCCGUUUAGGAGCUUUCUCACUCCAUUCAAGCAGCCGCACCUCAUUCUCUCUCCAUAUCUCUCCUCCAUUGAACUCGUGCUCUUUAUUCUCCAUUGAAGCAGAUUCUGAGCUUUCUCACCUCCAUUGAAGCAGCUUCGAGGGUUUGUCAUUGAAGCGCGCACGGCUCCACCUCCACCACAACCACCUCCACCAUUAUUCAGCUUUGCAAAACCAGUCAUAAACUCUGCCCAUUCCUUCCUUCCUCUCUCCUUCGAACACUAUGAAUUCAUGAAAAUUAACUUCCAGUAGAUUCAAGCAUAAAUGAAUUCUUAUUUUCAUAUUUGAUUGGGAGAAUAAAAUGUAUUGAGCAUUUGGGUGAGAUUGAAACUCCAGAAAAAUGGCGGAAUGUGGGACUGUGCCAUCGAAUUUUAAGCUGCAAUUGCAAACAAAUGGGUCUUGGUUCAAACCCCAGAAUUCAUACCCGUAUCAUAAGAGAGCAAAAACUUAGGGAGGUUGGUAAACUGGAACAGGAUCUUGUCUUUGGUGAUGCUAGACUGAAGAAGUUAUCAAAUUUUUAAGCAUGCAUACUGUAGGGACUUUGUAGUCUGAAUCAUGCAUCUUUUUAUCUAAUAUGAAGUUUGUAAUACUUUUUUGACAAUGUUGAAGCCCCUUUGACAGGGUUUAAGCCGUGAGAAUAAGUUGUGAUUAUUGAUGGUUUGUGCAGCUAUUUACCUCGAGAAAUUUGAGGGUGACAAAGGUUCACAGUUGAUGCAGGCAUUUGAUUGGCUUCUUUCUUUUCCUAUCCCUGACCAUAUACACUGCAACUACAGUCUCAGAUGUUUCGGAUUACUACCCUCUACAACACUUUGCUGAGAUGCUCAAUAAAGCUGGUUUGCAUGACGUUCACUCAACGCUUCUAUAUUGCCUCACAUCCUUUUCUAAGAUGCCUGAUUUCGGUACACUAAGUGGUGAUUGAUGGCAUCCCUUCUGUAUAUCAAUUCACUGUCAUCUGUUUCUGGGUGGUAUAUUAUGGAACAUCUGUCUGAGCGUUUCUCUCAUUUAAAUGAGACUAAUGAUCCUUCCUUGAAUCAUGAUUGUGAAAAAAAAAUUGUAAGACUGGAAAAAGGAGGUGCAAUUCAUAAGCCGGAAAGUGGAGGUGAUGCUAAUACAGAGAAGAAACAGAACAAAGUUAAUCAGGCUGAAAAUAGUAAGAAAUUAUCUGAGGAAAAAAGGCUCAUGAAGGAGCAAGAGAGGUCGCGUAAAGCAGAAUUGAAGGAUGAAACCGCAAAACAGAAACAGUUGGCAAAAGAGAGGAAGAAGUUAGAGAAACAUAAGUUCAGUGAGAAAGACAUUGUGGCUUUGAUUGAUCCAAAGGUUCUGUCUGGUUCAGUUGGAGGUAGGCUCGGACCACUGCUAACCAUGUUUAGCCAGAAAGAUCUCAGGUUUGAAAUUUUUGCAAAUCCCUUUGAAAAAUCAAUUGUUUUGAGAAUAGAGACUCCCAAAGACAUUUCUCAGGUAAAUGGAACUAUAACUUGUUGAUAGUUUAUGUUGAUGAAAGUUAAUUCGAAGAUGCAAGUUGACCGACUCUUUUCCCUUAUGAACCUGUUCCUUAUACUUCUUAUGUUCUAAGGUCCUUUCUUUUCAUUUUUUUCAUCGAGGAAAUCUGGGUUAUCUUUGAUGCACUAUCCCACUAGUCUUCUUUAAUUUUUUGCGUGAUUGUUUUUGUAGAAUGAUUUAGGGCUCUGAAUGUGAGUAAUGUUAAGAACCGUCUUUGGGAGAUUCUUAUUUAUGCUGUUUUCUGGAUAAUUUACUUGAAAAGGGAUGAUGGGUACUUCUUAGAUGUAUGAAUAUGUAAUAGACUAGGAUUUUCAGAUUAUAAGUUCUAUUGAAACAAAAAUUUAAAGAUUAAAGUUUGAGUCUUUGAUUGAUAAUGGCAGAAUUUUGGAUACAAAAGUGAUAGGUUGCUUUAGGCUAUUAUUCUCUUGAUAACUUUAGGUUAUUACUCUUUAGGUGAUCACUGGAAAAGGAUUUAAAGACUGUCCAUAAAAUUAAGGACCUACCUUCUUAAUAAUGUCCAUUCUUUCAACUCGAAGCUCCUACCCCUCUCCAUGCUCUAUAAUCUUGGAUGGGGGAACAAUCGCGGAACCACUUUUGCAGUCAAUGUGGAUGAUUGACUGCUAUUGCAGCUUGAUAUGUCAGUUGGUUAUCUCAUAAACACUUACCAUGCUGUGAGGUUUCUCAAAUUCCCUUCCAAUGGUGAUAUGGGCGUGCAGCCGAUUGUAAAAUUGGAACACAGUCAAUAUAUAGACCCUAGCUUGACUGUUUGUGAUAGUUUUGUCUCUAAAAUCUAAUAUGCACAAUAAAUAUAUAGACCUACCUUGACUGUUUGCGAUAGUAAUCUCUUUGAAAAUCUAAUAUUUAUAUCCUACUUGAGAUUGUCCUACAUGUUCACCAGCAUAGCACCACAGCAACUCACCAGUACCGCAACACAGAUGACCACGCAGCAGCUGUUUAGGGUAAAAUUACCCAUGACAAAAUGGACCAAUCCGGACCUGCCACGUGUCCACCACGUGGGCCAAUCAGC